UACAGGACCACGAAGGAAUCGUGCUGGGUCUCAGUUCUCUGCUUCUGUACAUCGACGCCAGCUAGAAAAUUGAACACUUUGUUGCUGUAAAAACCGAAUGGCAAACCCUCGGCAGCGCAGAAAGGCUCGGUCGGGCUCGCACAGACCAAUCUCUCAGUCUAAACAUGCAAAACGGAAUUUGAAGAAAACGCCGCCCAUCCGCGGACCCAAAAUCUUACAAGACGCAUGGGAUAGCAAGAAAACUGUCAGACAAAACUACGCUGCCCUCGGGCUUAUCCACGACCUAAAUCCAUCUGCAUCAGGUGGCGCUGAGCCCUUGGAGGAGACCAUUGACGAUCUUCCCCCGGCGCAGGUUGCGCCUGAUUCAGAGGUAGCACAAGCUCGUGAAUCAAUGAAACUGCCGCAAGGGUAUGGUAGAAUCAUUCGAGGCGAUGCGGGGAAUGUACUGCGCGUCGAAUUCUCAGAGCAAGAUCAGGAGGGCGAUGUCACUAAUAGCCCUGGGAGAGACAUUGAUAUGGAAACAUUAGAGCCCGAUGUGGAUCACAAAGUCCUCCAAAAAUGGGUCGCGGAUUUAGGUGGUUCAGAGACACGAAGACCUAAAGGAAAAGAUGGCGACGUUGUUAAAGAGCUCGAACGCUUAUCCGGUAUUCCGACAAACAAGACGCAGACUACGCUAUCGAUUGCGCUUACAGGAUCGGGACCUCGCCAUACGGCCAAAGGCGAGUUGGAAUAUCUUCUGAAGCUCGUUGAAAAACACGGCAAAGACGCGGAGAAAAUGGCGAGGGAUCGAAAAUUGAACCCAUAUCAGCGGACGAGUGGGGAGCUGCGGCGGGCACUAAAGAGGGCCGGGCUAUCUUAGGGUUUUACGAUGAUUACACGUUGACAUGGAUUGUAGGCGUAUGGUACAUGCACAGAUACAUGAUGUAGUGAAGUAUUGAGUAAAUCGUAC